AUGGGAGGAGGUGACUUGGCGGGUGCAGCGACGUUGCUGGAUGCUUCGUCGCAGGGGAUGCAGCUUGGACAAGGCAUGUACGGCGGGCGCGGCAGUUCGGAUCAAGAGUACGACGUGUACGACGCCGAGGACGACGUGUACGACACAGAGGGCGAUGUCGAGGAGGAAGGCGAGAGUGAGGAGUCAGAUGAGGAUGAACAUGAGGAGUACGGCGCCUCCCUGGACGCUGAGAAGCUGCGGGAGCUGAUGGAGGCCUCCCACCAGGAGGGACUGAGUUUGGAAGACACACUCGCACAGGCGGUCGCCAUGGGUGUACGGCUUCCCGAUGAUGUUCUACGGCAGGCGGGCGUGUCGGCCCCCUCAGAGGAGGCUCUGGCUCGAGCUCGGGAGGACUACAGCCGCGUGUUUAUGCAGUGGGCAGCUGAGGAAGGUAUCAAACUGACGGAAGGCCAGCAGACGAUGGAGGGCAGGUCGGGGUCAGAGUCUGGGACUGGUGAUGAGUCCAGCAUGCCCCGGACAGAGACAAACCGGGAGAACAGGGCUGUAGCGCAGCAGCAGCUACAGCAGCAGUUUGGAAGUAUCGGGGGCGGAACGGCAUCCAAGAACGGUGGCGGUAGCAGCAGUAGCAGCGGCGGCAGUACGGCACCACUCCUCCGCUUCAGCUGCAGCCUCCGCCAGCGUUGCGGCGUCAGGCUGCGGCAGUCCCAGCGCCGCCAGCGCCGCCUCCAUAUCAUCAUGAAGCGGGGCCUCCAAAGGAAAGGACGGGGCCGAGGGCCAGCCUACGGCCACGCCCACCCACCUCCUUCUUACCCCUUUAUCAACCCCACCGUACCCACCCGUGGCUGCAACCCUUCGGCCGGGGCCCAGCAGGUGCCCGCUACAGCGGAAGUAGCGGCGGCAGCAAUGGAGGGUGAGGAUGAGGGCGGGUUGGUCCCACUCGGGCAGCCCACCGCCGCCGCCAAGUACAGCUUGCGUAGAUUCAAGACAGCCAUGCUGAACAACCUGGACGCUCACUUCAUGGCCAAGCUGAAGCGCUUGUGCAAGCUGAUGGCAUCCAGGAACGCCAACGGUCAGCAAGUGAAGGACUGGCAGCUGCUGGAGGCACUCCAGGAGAACGACGUCCCUGACAGCUGGCCCGAUGCACUCGAGGUGUUUCCUGCCGAGGUUCGCUCCACACUCAGGCUAGAAUCCAACGAGGUUCUGACCCCAUACACGAAAACUCAGCUCUACUCCAACCGGCUGAGCUUCCAGUGGUGGCUCCAGCGGCACUUCGCCGAGUUCAAUGCUCAGCUGCUGAUGAUGACCCCUGUGUGGAGCGUUGCCUGGUCACACCUGGUGCUGGACCCCACAACCCUGUAUCACGUGGCCAGGUGGUGCCUGCAGGAGCCACAGCAGCCGCCACCGACGGCGCCGACCAAAAGGCAGUACAGCAAGAAAGACGAGCUGAAAGCUGCACAUGAACUAUAUGCCAAGGUGAAGGCAGAAUGGGAUAAGUACCGGGCUCGGCUCAAGACCUUUCAGGAGCAGAACCCAUCGUAUUUGGUGCUGAUGAAAAAAGGUGCCCUCAAAGAUCCCGUCCGGGCCCUCAACAAGCAGCACCCCAUGCCCUUGGCUCUCGGGCAGCGUCCCAAGGAGACGUGGAAGGAGAAGAGAGAAGCCUACAACAAAGCGAAGGAUGACGUGGAGAAGGCGCGUGCCGAGGUGUGCAACACUGACAACUUCAGGAAGGCGCAGGAGGAGUACCUGCAGCACGGCAUGAAGGUGCAGGUGAUGGGCUCCUGCCUCUUCCGAACCCUCAAGGAUCGCUCGCCCGCAAAGGGCUGGCGGCCAUCAGGGACCAUCCGCACAGACAACGUCUCCCCGUGCACCGACUACGUGCACCACGUUCAGAAGCCGAUCUUUGAGUUGGCAGGCAAAGCCAGCGAAACGCCCAGAAAGACUAAGAAGCAGUGGCGCGCCGAGCGUGAUGCGGCGCUGAAAAAGCUGCUCACCGGCAAGAAGCACACGUGGAAGUUCACGCGCGGCCAGUACUACAUGGAUAGCGGCAUCCACAACGAGAAUGCCUGGCAGGCGGGGCGUUUGCACGUGCUGGCGGACGAGUUCCGCUGGCUCACCUCCCAAGGUGGAGUGCUGAAGGCCAUCACGUCCGCCCAGGUGAUGGCCUACGUCAGGGCCUACUCGGUCUUCAAGGACCGCUGCGCCGUGGACAGCUUCUUUGCUUGCCUGCGGAAGGACGCCCAGAAGCUUUCUGAGAAGGUGGAGGUCGUGUACGGCUUGGCGGUCAAGUCCAUGGCGUGCACCAGGCGCGGGGAGGUGGCCGCCCCAAUCGGUGAGACCUUCCGGUCCUGCCAGCGCACUUUUGGCCCUGCCAACGUGGCGCUCACCGGCGAGUGCAACACCACCAAGGUGUCAUUUGAGACGGGCGCCAGGAAGGAGCUGGUCUACAAGACCUACAGCCAUCGCGGCAAGGAGCUGCUGGCUCACACACCUGCUCAAAAUGCACCGCCUGUGCCAGCCAACAUGGUGGCACUGGUGCAGGGCAACCUGGGGAGCAUGUGGGACAAGGCCAAGCGUCGAUGA